AGAGCUCAGGUCAUGGGUGUGAAUGCCCUCUACACAGCAAGAGGGUUUUCUUUCUGGAUCCACCUUCUAGAAAAUUCACGCCACUCUCAUGAGGGCACAGACAGCUCAGGUUUGAAAAACAACCUAAAGACCACAACGAGCUGGCAAUGGAUCUGAAGAGUUUUCUGGGCAGUCAAAUGCCCUCUCAGUUCUUGGUUUACCCUCUUCUGUGGCAGGUGGCAGCAGGGGGCUGGCUUCCUGCAAAACCACCUCGGAUGUGGACAUUCCCUCACACCUCAGGCCGGCCCACAGGGGCAUCACCUGGGGCCAUUGCCCCUGAGCACUGACUGACUCCCUGCCCCCGCUCCCUUUCAGACAAAUCCCCAGUGUUCCAGUUCCUCGACUGGGUCCUCCGGGGCACAUCCCAGGUGAUGUUUGUGAACAACCCCCUCAGCGGCAUCCUCAUCGUCCUCGGCCUCUUCAUCCAGAACCCCUGGUGGGCCAUCUCGGGCUGCUUGGGCACUGUUGUGUCCACUUUGACAGCCCUCAUCCUGAGUCAGGACAAGUCAGCCAUCGCGGCAGGACUUCAUGGCUACAACGGGGUGCUGGUGGGGCUGCUGAUGGCUGUGUUCUCAGACAAAGGCGACUAUUACUGGUGGCUUUUGCUCCCCGUCAUCAUUAUGUCCAUGUCGUGCCCCAUCCUCUCCAGUGCCCUGGGCACCAUCUUCAGCAAGUGGGACCUCCCGGUCUUCACACUGCCCUUCAACAUCGCUGUGACCCUAUACCUGGCGGCCACAGGCCACUACAACCUCUUCUUCCCCACGACACUGCUGCAGCCUGCAUCCUCCGUGCCCAACAUCACCUGGUCGGAGGUCCAGGUGCCCUUGCUUUUGCGAGCCAUCCCUGUUGGAAUCGGCCAAGUGUAUGGCUGCGAUAACCCCUGGACUGGAGGCAUUUUCCUCUUAGCUUUGCUCAUAUCUUCACCUCUUAUUUGCUUGCACGCUGCAGUCGGAUCCACCAUAGGGAUGUUAGCAGCGCUCGCUAUCGCCACGCCUUUCGACUCCAUCUACUUCGGCCUGUGCGGCUUCAACAGCACGCUGGCCUGCAUCGCCAUCGGAGGCAUGUUCUACGUCAUCACCUGGCAGACGCACCUCCUCGCCAUCGCCUGCGCACUGUUUGCAGCCUACCUGGGUGCUGCCCUGGCCAACAUGCUAUCUGUGUUUGGACUACCACCCUGCACCUGGCCCUUCUGCCUCUCAGCACUCACCUUCCUGCUCCUGACAACCAACAACUCCGCCAUGUACAAGCUUCCACUCAGCAAAGUCACCUACCCAGAAGCCAACCGAACCUACUACCUGUCCCAGGAGAAAAACAGAAGACCAUCGACCAUAGCGAAGUACCAGGCCUACGAUGUCUCCUAAGUUGCCCUUUCCAAAAUAUGUCACUGUAAACUCAGCCUUCAAUAGGUUAUCCAGGUCACCAGGCUGAAGGCCACUUAACCUCUCCUUCUAUCUAUUCUGUGAUUCUCCCUCUAAACAAGCUUACACCCUAGUUACUCCCACGCACAGGGAAAUUUGUGUGUAGUCACCACUUAGGAACCUCUCUGUUCUAAGAUACACAAUACUUGUCAAAGAUAGGCUUAGUUGAGACUUGAUACCUAUAGCUCACUCCAUAAGAGCUCCCUUUGCGGGAAACUUGCCCCCUUCUGCAAACUAAGCCACAUCCCUAGAGAGAACCCACCAAAGAGGGGAGAGAGAUUGCUGACAUGGUCAUGCAACUCAGUCAUUUAAUGUAGCAAUGCCCAGCAUCCUGAAAUGUGCAUUAGCUUGAAAAGCAACAGGCUGGUCUGCCCCAGCUCUGCCAAUAAUGAAUUCCCACCACUCAGUUGAGUCCGUCCCUGCUCCCAGCCUCAAUUCGUUAUUGGUUUCACGAUGGGGAGGGACUCUGUGGUCCCUUCUACCUCAGAAGUGCUGAUUCUUCGCUCUUUCCUGGAAACUGACAAAAUCAGCAUGGCCAACAAGUAACUACUCUGAGUUAAGUAAAAGAUGGAAAGGUUACCUGAAGAAGAGGCAGGACAA